UGCAUUCCUUUGGGCAGACAGAUAUAGUUACAAACCACUAAAACCAUGAGGUAUAUAUAAGAGCUCCAAACUCACUUUGCAAUAGUCUUUUGCUAGCUAAGGAAGACAAGAAAAUGAUGAGUAUCUCCCUAGCACUUGUCUUUGUUGUCCAUGUUAUUAUUGUUGUGGAAAGCUCUAAGACAAAGGGCAAUGUUGUGCAAGAUUCUGAAACGUACACAAAGAGUUGGGUUGUUGAAAUUGACGGUGGAGCGGAAAUGGCUAACAAAAUAGCUGCUGAAAAUGGUUUUAAUUACAUGGGAGAAUUACACAUUGGCAGCGGCCGGAAAUUUUAUCACUUUCAACUGACAGAAAGUGAAGAAAAGGCAAUGAAAACAGAUUCUCCAUUCUCGGCGAAGACACAGCACCUUCUCUCUGAACCUCGCGUUGGAUAUGUCGAACAACAAAUACUCAGACCGCGUGUUCGGAAGUCGUAUUCAGUUCCCACCGAUCCUCUUUUCAGCACCCAAUGGAAUGUGCUAAACACAGGGCAAUUUGAUGGUCAAUUUAUUGGAAAUGAUUUGAAUGUUGAGCCAGCCUGGAUACAGGGAUACAGUGGGUGCAAUGUCACUGUCGCUGUUGUCGAUGAUGGACUGGACAUUUUUCACGAAGACUUGUUCAACAAUGUCGUUGGUAAAGUUAUUUAUGACUUUGUUGAAGGUGAUCUGGACCCAUCCAGUAAUAAUCCAUGGCAUGGUACUAGCGUUGGUGGGAUCAUUGGAUCUAUAAAGGAUAAUUAUGUGUGUGGUGUGGGAAUUGCUUAUGAAGUCAACUUGGGUGGUAUUGCUUUGUUGGGCGCUGGAACUGAUAUGAAUGAAGCAUCUAGUCUGACGUUCGCGAAUAAUAUUGUUGAUAUAUACAGCAAUAGUUGGGGACCAAGUGAUGAUGGAGUAACGGUAGGUGGUCCAGGAAUGCUAACAACCAUGGCUCUGGAGGCUGGAGUUACUGAGGGUCGUGGAGGGAAGGGCAGUAUAUACGUGUGGGCUAAUGGUAAUGGAGGAUAUGAUGAUGAUGAUUGUGCAGCUGAUGGCUAUGCCAUUAGUCCAUACACCAUAUCCGUUGGAGCUCUGGGAGUUUAUGGUUCCCCCAGUCCCUUUGAUGAAGUGUGCUCUGCAAAGCUGGUCACUGCUUAUGUCACAAAUCCAUCUGGAAACUCUGAAGUGACAUCUACAACUGUUGGUGGAGGAUGUACUCUGUCAUUUGGUGGAACAAGUGCAGCCACACCCAUGGUCUCGGGAAUUAUUGCUUUAACCCUCGAAGCUAACCCUGAUCUCACCUGGAGAGAUGUGCAGUAUCUGAUUGUGUACACGUCUAACACUGAAGAGACUAAUCCAACUGAUUCAGUCACAAAUGGAGCCGGUCUGGUAGUGAGUCAUCAAGUUGGGUUUGGUGUGAUUGAUGCUGAGGCCAUGGUUACCAGAGCACAGCGCUGGACUAAUGUACCACCACAGGUUGUGGAAGAGGUUACCCCUACUACUGUUUUAGGAGAUGCUACUUAUGGAUCCCCUUUCGAGACAACCAUUCAGUAUAACGGAUCAAUUGCUCACAUGGAACAUGUCGUUGUUAAUAUGACAGUGAAUGCAGUGUCAGGGAAGCGUGGAGAUAUUAAGAUAGAACUAAUGUCACCUUCAGAGACAUAUUCUACUCUAUUAAGUUACCGCGAUAAUGAUAAUGCAGCUGGGGGUUAUUUCGAAUGGCCGUUUAUGUCAGUCAUGUUCUGGGGAGAGAAUCCUGCAGGACAAUGGAGACUACGUGUCACAUCACGCAGCAAUCUUACUGACAUCGAGUACACGAUUUUUAAUGCUAAAUUGUAUGGAGUGUCCACCUUACCAGAAUCCGUGGCUAACAUUCCUGACGAGUGUCAUCCAAACUGCAGUAGAGGCUGUUCCGGUGAAGGCUCUGAUAACUGUGAUGCUUGUUCUAAUCUCCGCAAUGCUUACACACUCGAGUGUAUCGACACAUGUCCACCAGGAUACACUCAACGUAACGGGUACUGCUAUAACUCAACACUACCGAACGAAGAGUGCUUCUCUCCGUUGAAAGAGAAGGAGGAAGGUUCAUGCGUUGAUGCUGGAUUCAGUGACUGCUGUGUUGGUGAUGAUUGCGAGGUUUUUUAUCCAUCAUUUCCAUCCUCCUGCUUCUGUGACGCUCUUUGUAACAAGUACCGUGACUGUUGUGAUGACGUCAGCGACACUGGAUGCGUUCAGAAUAAUGACACACUGGCGGAGACUAUAAUUCCUUACAUUUCUCUUGGAGAGACAGAUGGUGUUACUACCGAAAGUGUUCCUUUUGUUGAUGAUGGUCUUUCUCCACCAAUCCGUAUUCAGUUUCCACUUGGUUCUCAGUACCAAUCAGAAAUCUAUGUAGGAACAAAUGGGUACUUCACCUUCGCUGAGUUUUUUGAUGGAUACUCACCUUUUCUCUUUGAUGAGAGCACUGAUCUUCCAAUAGUUGCUCCAUUCUUCACUGACAUUGAUAUAUCCAAUGGCGUUGGUGAUAUUAACUACGAAAUCCACACACGAAGUACUUCAGAGUACGCUAUUUUCUCAAGUCGAUUCCGUUAUCAAUGAACAGGCCGAUACUAACUUUAACGGAAGAUGGAUGCUGGUUUCUACAUGGGAUAGUGUUCCACCAUUGGGUGACACCAGUAUUACAAACACAUUUCAAGGAGUAUUAGUGACGGAUUACUCGAGAUCAUUUGCUGUUUUCACAUACAACUGUGGAGACCUGGAUUUCUCUAAUGGAGCUACAAUUGGCUUCUCCAGUGGUGAUGGUCUCUUUGCUAACCAUCCGGCUAUCCAAAGAGGUUCAGCCUUGUCCAUUGCCUGUCUGAACCAACCUGUCACUCCAUGGGUCAACGUUGUCUAUGAACUAACCAGAGAAGGUUUGGUAUGUUCAACUUGCACGUGCCCUGAUGGAUAUUUCUACUCUUAUAUCACAGAGGAAUGUAUACCCCUGGAUUCAGUGUACCAGUAUGAGCCAACUAUUCUGGAAGGAUGUGAUCCUGACAGGAAUGCUGAAUACCGCACUCAUAUCGAGGCCGAGAUCGAGGCCUUGCUAAAUGAGUAUUUUGAGAAUUCUCAAUGAGCAAAGACAAUGGAUUUUGCUGUAAAACAUGAAUUGAUAAGUAGAGAGUUGUAAUUGUGAUGCUUAUGUAGUAAAAAUUUAUUUCCUCUUAGUAUUAUAUACUCUUAUUGUUAGGAAAGUAGUAUUAUAGCCAUAAUAAAUUUUUUAUGGACUUAUGGAGGCCGCAUGGGCCGGUCAGACCACAUCGCCUCGCCUACUCAGGUCGCCACGCUGACAUGAAGGAGAAGUUUACGGAAAGUUACAGAAGGUCGAUAUAACUUGGCGAGUGGGAGUCCAACUGCGCAUGCGCCCUGGCUGAUCCACCAGUGAGAGAACUCAGUUCAGCGGCAUUCUCUGCGCUCUUCGAUGCCUGACCGAGGCUGUACCAAUAUUGUAUUGUCCUCGCACUGGCGCGGUUAAGAUCGAGUUGGUUCUGCUCAAAUCAAAACACAAGGCCGAGGCCAAUGCACAACACACCAAUCUUAUAUACGUGUAGUAUGAUGUCAUGACAUGCGUACAACUAUCAGCUACAGCCAUUGUGAUGUAACAACAGUCCAUACAUAAUAUUAUAGGGUAUACAUUACAACAUGCAUACACUAAUACAAGUCCAUACAUCACAAAUAUCUUCGUGGUUCCAAGGUGCAAGUUGUAAAUAGGCUUAGAUGGCUAAUGCAGUCAUUGUGUGCUUGCUCCCACUUGCCAAAAUGUGAAAUAGCAGUAGCUUUCGGCUUCCAACGCAACGCGCACAUGCGCACGUAAACGCGCAAAAGCCCACGGCUUCCGUAGAGGUAACUUCGGGCACGGGGUAACACCCGGGCAUAACUCGUUAUUCAGAAACAAGAGAAAGAUUCGGUCACUUGAUUACUACAUGCCAAAGCGCUAACAAAUCUUCCUCGCGUUUUUUUCGCAGCGCAAAAUUUCGAGGCUGAUGCAACGCCCCAUGUCCGGAGUUACCUCCGCGUCAGGAGUUACCCCAAUUUACCUUAUCUGGGCGUGCACGAUUGUGGUAUAAAUCCAGGAGAGACGCAAAAGAGUUGCAUACAGGAUACCCUCGAACCACCCCAGGCCCACCUGUAUAUAUAACAUUCCAGUAAUUAAGGAAACCGCAAUCGUUAGACGUUUUUUGCGCGGGUUCGCUGCUGUUGUUGAUCUGCAAGUUCUGCCACUAAAGAAUCGCUAUGGUUCUAACCCGUGGGGUUUUACUUGCUCUAGUUUUGCAGCUUCUUUUUCUCCAAUCGACAGUAAUUUCUGCUAAUGUGGAUUGUUUACCGAGCGACAACAACUUUUGCCGUUGCUCUACCAGUAACAUUACACUGGAUAUCACCAAUAUGGGUCUCUCCUUCCCGUGAGUAUUAAUUUACCCUAUCAUAUUUAUAUCAACAUCACAGCUAAAGAAAAUAGCUCGCAUGUUGAGCAGCAGUCUAAACCAUUGUCUGGAGUUGUGUCCCAGCUUCAGGAAGGUUUAACAAACAUAUAAAAAAUAGUGACUGUAAUAGUCUUGCCCCUUAGCCCAAAACUGUAUAAUACUCCCUCCCUAUAUAGCCUUGUGAUAUCUCACUGAGUCUGUUCUCAAUCCAUAAUCCUACACACAGCAUUAGAGAUUGAAAAUCAUUUAUAAUUUUAUAUCAGUCAAUUUCAGUAUUAUAGGAGACUCCUCUGUAUGUGAUAGUAGCUAUCAUCGUUUGAUCCUACAUUGAUCAAAUUGUUGCUAAUGUUUCCACAGUUAGCUUUAAUGCUUGUAUAAACAGCUAGGUGUAGUCUAUAGCUUUAUUAGCUAGCUGAACAAGCUGCUUUCUGAGUGUCGGUCCAUAUAUACAUAAUGGAGGAAAAUGAAUUUGUUUCUUAGCUCCAGGUGGAGUUUUACACAUUGGCAUGGUUGCACAUGGUUGUGCCUAUUAUAUACAAUUAAUUGAGGUUAGGACCAAAAACUGUUUGACCUAGCUAGACUAAGUUUCGAUUUUGUCUGGUUGGACCACUUUUUUAAAACAACAAAGACCUUUAGGAACUCUGUGUCAAGUGUAAACAUUGACCAAGUUGAACAGAUCAGCCCUUAGAUAAUGUUCUUUUGCCUAUCUACCUCCAACUCUCAUGGGACACAUGCACUGGGUCACAUGCACACCUUUUUGCGUACAAUAUCUAAACAGAGAAUGUUUUCCUUGAAUGUAUAAAAGACUAGGAGUAUAAUUAUAAUAUAGCUACAUUACUGUGAC